AACUUGAGAAAAGUACCCUACCGACGGAACCAUGAUCAUGGCCUUCAAGUUGGCCAUGGAGGGCUUUAUUGUGCUGUGCCUUGUGAUAUCGUCCAUGGAUGUCCUCGGCGCCAUCGCCUCCGGCGUCCUGCAGCCACCACCGAUAUAUGUGUUGGGUGACUCGACAUUAGACGUUGGAAACAACAACUUCCUACCAGGACCAUCCGUUCCCAGAGCCAAAAUGUACUACGGCAUCGACUCCCCAGGCGUUCCUGCCGGAAGGUACAGCAACGGCUUCAACGUCGCUGACUUCAUCGCAAAGAGCAUGGGAUUCUUGAGUAGCCCUCCGCCUUAUCUGAUGCUGGCGCCAAGCACAGGCCUUCUGGUCUCCACCGCUCUCGAAACUGGUGUGAACUAUGCUUCCGGAGGAUCUGGCAUCCUUGACGUCACUAACGCCUGGCAACAGAUCAUCCCGCUGUCGAAGCAGGUGCAGUAUUUCAAUGACACCAGGGCUAAGAUGGUCGCCGCCGUGGGCUCUGCUGCGGCGGACGCCCUGCUCGCCAGGUCCGUGUUCCUCAUCAGCGUCGCUAACAACGACCUCUCCGGGUUCACCAUUUGGGAGCUGAUGCAGAAUAGGUCGGCUGCGCAACAGCCCAGUGACGCGGCUGCGUUCUUGGCAUACCUCAUCUCAAACUACUCGGCCACCAUCACGGAGCUGUACGCCAUGGGCGCAAGGAAGUUUGCCAUCGUCAACGCGGCGCUCAUCGGGUGCACGCCGGCGGCGCGGGUAGUGUCCCAACCGUUGGGAGCGUGCGCCGAGGGCGUGAACCUGCUCGCCGCCGGCUUCAACGUCGCACUCCGGUCGCUGCUCGCCACCGACCUCGCCCCAAGGCUGCCGGGCCUCGUAUACUCCCUCGCCGACUCCUUCGUCCUCAUGAAGGACUUCUUCGCCGACCCACCGGCGUGGGGGUUCACCAACAUCGCCAGCGCGUGCUGCGGCGAUGGCUUCCUGCUCGCGCAGUCAGCCUGCAUGCCCACCUCCAAGGUCUGCCCCACCAGAUACGAGCGUGACCAGCACAUCUUCUGGGAUCCCUUCCACUUUUCCCAGCGGGCCUCUUUCCUCACGGCCCAAGCAUUCUACGAUGGGCCGUCCAAAUACACCACGCCCAUCAACUUCAUGCAGCUGGCACAGUCCAUUUAACGAUAACAAGGAAAUAAUGCUAUCUCCGUUCAAGAAAGAAUUCCAAGAAGAAGAUAGUAUAGUGUAUAUAUACACACACACACACACACGAGGAGAUUGUUGUGCUCGAUCACGUAUAGUACAUGUAAUGUUAUCGAGAAAAAAACAUAUAUAUGCAAUCAUGAAUAAAUUUAAUUACUCCCGCAUAUAUAUAGUAAAUGGCCCUUGAGAAA